AUGUUACCAACACCUGUCAAAACUCCACAGAAGAAACAGAUUCCAAAAUCUGCCAUGGCUGCACGUGCGCUAUUCCAGGAUCAACCCAAUGCAAAUACAGAUAGUCCGCGUAAGAAUCAGAAGAAGAAGGUGCGACACAACGGUUUCUCCCUGGAAAGCUUCUCCGAAAACACUUCACAGGACCAAGUCCAGAUCCACAUUGAUUCUAGAGAUCAAAUACCAGAGGUUGAUACCAGCGCCGACAACCCAUUCUAUGUCGCACCUGAGUCUUCUUCCAAGAAGCGCUCUAUGGCCUCUGCUCAAGACGUCCUCCGAAGCUCAAAACGCCGCAAAGUUGCAGAGGAGAGAGCACCUCUAGAUUCGCAGGUCAAAGAUGCUAUUGAGAAGGAUGAAGGUAUGGUCUACGUCUUUCGUGGCACGAAGGUUUACAAACGCUUUGACGACACAGGUGAUGAGGAGGAGGUCAUUGAUCCGGAGGAGUUGGGACUGCUUGUCAACGAAACCGAUGCUGCAGAGAUUAUCAAACCUCUGAAGACACUGACCAGAAAAUCUAUCCGACCAAAAAGGCUUUUCCAGACAGAGAAACAGUUAUCACAGAUCGAUGAAGAGGCUGAUACCGAUAUCGAAGACAAUCAGAAAGAAAUCGAGCCGGAAGAAGAGCAACCAAGCCCUUCUCGAACCACCCGGUCAUCAGGUGCUGGUAACAAGAAAAAGCGUACAAGCCCUUUUGAUUCUUGGCAGAGGUUGAAGCCUGGCUCACGCUCAGCUGGUUCAGAUUCAUCUACUAAGAAUAGGAAACGAACUGCCGCUGAAGCCUUAGGCUUGUGA